CCUGCGGCGCUGAGCGAGCCUGAAGCCCGCGCCGGGCGCCUGCCUCAGCCCGGGAGGCAGCCGCCGAGCCCCGCGGAGCUCCCUGGGCGGAAAGCCCGUCCCAGGAGUUGGAUUCCCUGCGAGCCAGGGCACAGCUGGGCGGGGGCCGGCCAGGGGAAACUCCCCCCCAGGACCAGACAAAUAUCUCUCUGCCCCACUCCUGUAAACAAACAAAGGUGAGAACUCAUUUCAUCUGAAUUUUACCUGCCCUGUGAACAACGGCACCAUGGAUCUGGCGUACGAGUUGCCCAAUGUCACUGAGUUCUGGUUCUCUUCGGCCUCUCAGUUAGACAACUUCUCCACGGAGAUGUCUGCCAACGCCUCCCAGAACACUACAGGCCAGCAUUUUGACCUGACCAGCAAUGCCAUCCUUACCUUCAUCUACUUUGGGGUGUGCAUCAUAGGCCUGUGCGGCAACACACUGGUGAUCUAUGUCAUCCUCCGCUAUGCCAAGAUGAAGACCAUCACCAACAUCUACAUCCUGAACCUUGCCAUCGCAGAUGAGCUCUUCAUGCUGGGGCUGCCAUUCCUGGCCAUGCAGGUGGCUCUGGUCCACUGGCCCUUCGGCAGAGCCAUCUGCCGGAUCGUCAUGACUGUGGAUGGGAUCAACCAGUUCACUAGUAUCUUCUGCCUGACCGUCAUGAGCAUCGACAGGUACCUGGCUGUGGUCCACCCCAUCAAAUCUGCCAAGUGGAGAAGGCCAAGAACGGCCAAGAUGAUCAAUUUUGCCGUGUGGGGUGUUUCCCUUCUGGUCAUUAUGCCCAUCAUGAUUUAUGCUGGGAUCCAAAACAACCGUGGAAGGAGUAGUUGCACCAUCAUCUGGCCAGGCGAGUCCGGCGCAUGGUACACAGGGUUCAUCAUAUAUGCCUUCAUUCUGGGCUUCCUGGUGCCCCUCACCAUUAUCUGCCUUUGCUACUUGUUCAUCAUUAUCAAAGUCAAGUCUUCUGGGAUCAGAGUGGGCUCCUCCAAGAGGAAAAAGUCGGAGAAGAAAGUCACCAGGAUGGUCUCCACUGUAGUGGCAGUCUUCAUCUUCUGCUGGCUUCCCUUCUACAUAUUUAACGUCUCCUCCGUCUCCGUCUCCGAAUCCAUCACCCCCACGCCCUUCCUCAAGGGUAUGUUUGAUUUCGUUGUGGUCCUCACCUAUGCCAACAGCUGCGCCAACCCCAUCCUCUACGCCUUUUUGUCCGACAACUUCAAGAAGAGCUUUCAGAACGUUCUCUGCCUGGUGAAGGUCAGUGGCAUGGAUGAUGCCGACAGGAGCGACAGCAAGCAGGACAAAUCCAGGCUAAAUGAGACCACGGAAACUCAAAGGACUCUGCUUAAUGGUGACCUUCAGACAAGCAUCUGAGAGGACUCCAGGAUUGCCCUUCUCAGCUGUCCUCUUUCCUCCUCCUCCCCACUCCUUUAUAUGGCAGUAGCACACAGCAAGUCAGGUCAAGAGUACUUGAUCGUUGUUUGCUUGUCUUAGGGGAUGGUAAUGCAGGGAGGGGGGCCUGUGCCAAGAGUAGCCUCUUAGUGGAAGGCAGGUUGGUUUUGAAUAUUCAGACAGAUGCUGCUCAAAUGCAACUUCAUACAUGGAAAGACACACGCACACACACACACACACACACGAGGGCAGCACUUGGAGGCAUUUCUGCUAGACUUGGUUACACAUACCAACAUGCUCCAUACAGCAUGGGUCACGUAUGUCUAGACAGAGCUAUUCAUGGCUGUUUCUUUGCAAAGCAGUCGACCCAGCUGGAAAUGGGAGAGAGCGGUCUUAAGCAUCAGAGCACACACAGUGAGAUCCUCCACUAGGACAUGAAGAAUAUUUCAUUUUAUUACCCAACUAGUAAAAUUUUUUUUUUUUAAGACUGAAUCUCCUGAAGCUCCCCUAGUUUUACGAGAAUAUUACUGUAUUUAUUUACAAGGUGCUUUUCCUGCCACCGGAGAAGCAACAGAUCAGAAUGAAAGAAAUCACAUCGGAAGGAAAAUAUCCCGGCCCCAGUACAGUGUGUGUAUGUGUGUGAGGAUGGACAAAUAGGACUCAGACCUCCUAAGAGAUCUGGAAUUCAAUUUCCAUUAAAAUUGAUGCCUCAGGGCAGCCUGGAAAAUCUCCGUUGAUAUACACACCUGUGCAGUCAGAUACACGGUGGUGGUAUAUAUGUGAGCAGUUAUAUUUGUGGUGGACUCACCUGACCUGGACUCUGCCCACCGGUCCAUCUAGCCAGCGCUACCUCUCACAUC